UUACUGCAUAAAUAAAAAGAGAGAGAGAAAAGUCAAAUGACCAUGUUUAAGUCGAUAAAGAAAGUUUUACACACGAAACAUCAACAAAAAACGCCUUUGCCUCCGUUUAAGAGAAUCUAUGGACCAUCACAUACAAAAGGAGUCCUUAACAAUCUCUUCGAUGGCUUAUCGGACAAGGAUGAAACCGUGCGGAUGGCCAUACAAACGGCUUUAGUUAAAAUCAUUGAAACACAUCCCGUGAGAGCCACAGAAAUUCUAUUGGAAUAUCGUGAAAAACAUCCCAAGUUAAGUGAGCCGACUACAACCAUAAUCCUCAAAUCCAUUGAGCGUGUAGUCUCCUCGGAUGCUACCAUACCCUCGGAAGCCCAUAAAAGGCUUAUCACACUAGCCAUAGAGGAGAUGACACGUUCAAAUGAGCAUGUACCACAUACACAAAAUCAUGCUCUCAACAUUCUGGUGGCCAUUGGUCGUGGUGACGAUUGUACCAUGGUUAUGGAAGCCUUAAUGGCACACACCAAAGAAGGUUCGGUGUCUCAUUUUAUGGUUAUGCAGUGUUUUGGAGCAUUGGCCACAACUAAUAUUCAGGGUGUAGUGCCUUUUAUCAAACAAAUUUUAUCGACAAUAUUGACAAAUUUAAAUGCCAUCAAACAGGAUCACAUUAAACAGGCGCAUGCAUAUGCCAUUGGUCACUUUAGUGAAGCUCUCUUAGAACAAUCAUCUGCAAAUGUUGCCGUUUCACCAGCUGCGGAAAACGAUACCAUAACUAAUGGCGACGACAUCACAUCUGAAACAGCAGCAAUAGCAGCAGCAGCAUCGCCUCCAACAGUUCCUAAAUUCCCCGACUGUUCUACCGAAAUUUCCAUAGCCUACGAUGUGCUUUUCAAGCAAUGGAUACACACAAGGGAACCUAAAGUUUGUGUUGAGAUACUGCAAUCGUUAUCUUCCAUGUUUCCUUUACUGCCGCCCGAUGCUAUACAAGAUCAAACACCUCGAUUGGUGCCACAAGUCUUGGCUUUGUAUCGCCGUUCUAUAGAGCGAAAUUCUGUGACCCAAUUUCUGUCGGCAAUCCUAAAGACAAAUAUAGCUCUGCAGCCAGCUGUGCUAGAUGGUGUGGCCGAUCAAUUGAUUUCGAAUCUUUUCGAUUUGGUCUGUGUCUAUCCGGACUAUGAGAAACCACAGACGGUGAAGGGUCACUAUGAGGUGUUGAGAUGUUUUCAUCUACUCUCCAGUGUGUAUGCUGUCAAGAUAAUGGACAUGUUGCUCAUGCAUUUGCGCAACAACAGCGAAAGGGAGCGCAUAAAGUCUCUUCUGAUAUUGACCCAUCUCUUGAAUACCUCCACCGUGAAUAUUGAGCAUAAACUCCAAGCGUUUAUGGAGUGUCUUAAGCAAAUGAUAACCAGUGAGAAGAGUAUCAAAAUGAAAAUGACUCUGCUCAAGUGCAUAGUGGCCCUGGCCCAAAAAUCUUUUAUCAAGGAAAAGGAAUUUGUUUGGUUUUUGGUACGCUACAGCUGUAAAUAUACCAAAGUCAAUCAGGAGCAUGGCUCCUUGGAGGAUCAUGCCAAUUUUGUUUUGUCCUGUGAAAGUUCAUUGUUUAUGCUGUCAUCGACUGUGGGCACCAUGGAUGAGUUGCUCAAGCGGGAGCUUUUAAAUUAUUUUGUUCUAUUGGACUACAGCGAUAUAUGCUCCAAUUUGGCCAAAUGCUUGGCCAGUCUCUUUGCCAAAUCGGCUAAUAUAGAAUUUGAGAUAGCCACCACGGAUGACGAGGAGUCUGAGAGGAGGGAAUCCAAUGCUGGGGGAGAGGAUAUUUCACCUAGAGCUCCCAGUUUGGUAAAAAGUGGAAAAAUUAUAGUACCCACCGCAGAGACAGUGUAUACCCGCUGCUUGGCCCUGCUGGGCAACUAUCACUGCAUAAAGAGGGCUACUAAUAUUUUGUCCUUUUUGAAGUACUACCAUCCCCACUUGAAUCCUGAACUGUGCAAGGUGUGGGACAAAUCUAUAUCGGAUCUGCUGCUGAAUAUCAACAAGGAAUCCUUGUACUUCAACAAACUCAAUGCCUUCAUCAUGGAAACCAAUGAGUUCCUGGUGAAGCAUGAUGAACAUUUUGCCGAGCGCUUGGCCAACAAAAUGGCUGAGCAGACUAUUAUCUAUCCUAUGGUAUUGCCGCAUAAUGAGUUUGUCAUACCGAACAUGAAUACGGAGCGGGGUAUGUUAAUGAAGUCCAUGGCUAUAACGUUGUGCAAUGUCACGGAUGAAGCCUUAGUGAAUGCGAAGCUGGAUCUUAUCAUCAGCACAGCCAGACAAGAGAAAUUGGACAAACACACCAAGCACACUGAAUAUGAGGAUAAAAUCGUGCCCUGCUGCCUGGCCCUGGGAUAUUUGUCUAGGAAACAUUACGCCCUAGUUAUUAAAAAGUUGGCCGAGUUGGCCAAUAUAGGAGGACGCAAACAUUCCACCGGCUUCUUUUCCAAUCUGCACUUCAUCAAGGACACCCACAAGGAAUUGGAGAAUUUCAAAACCAAUCUCUUGGCCAUAAAGUCGUUGGGCCAUGUCAUGGAGGAGGCCGAUCCCAAGCAAUCAUUGGCCCACAUGGAUGAUACAAUUUUCAACUUUUUAAUUCUACAAUUGAAAUUCACCAAAGAUCAGUGCAUCAUGGCCGCCAUACUUAAGACCCUACUAAGUAUCUGCAAUCAAAUGAUCAAUACCAAAGAGACUAUGACCACACCUCUGAAAUAUCGCAAGCAAAUCAUGGAGGCUGUAUUCAGCAUACCCAUCGAAGCGCCCUUCGAUGACUUACCUCUUUUGCCCAUCAUUUUGAAAUUGGGCACCGACUUCAUACGCAUUGGCGGCGAUGAUGCUGCCGAGUCCGUAGAUGGUGGUGUUAUCUUUGAAAUUGCUUGCAAGAACUUUUUCUGUUGUGCCCAGAAUCUUAAGAUGAAAUUCGAAUCCCAGGAAGAGGAUGAGCGUAAUAGCUUUUUGGCCAAAUAUCUUAACGAAUCUUUGCCAGAACUGAAUAAAUUGGUGAAGGUCAUUAUAGAAAUGGAUCCUUCGCCCUCUACCUUGGAUCUGAUUAUUUCCAUACUGGAGACCUGGACGCGUGAGAAAAACUCCGAAGUUCGCAUAUGUGCCAGUCAUGUCUACAAUAACACACUCGAUGUCUAUAUUAAGUCCAUGAAAAUUGGCUGCGAGGCACCUUCGAAAUUCAAUCAGACCGGGCAAAUGUUGGGCAAAAUUGUGCCACGUUGCAUAGACUCAAAUGGCACGGUGCGUCAGGUGUCGGUGGAUAUAUUACAAAAGACACUGGAGAUUGCCUGUAUCUAUGAGACUCUAACCAUAGCGGAUAGUGAAACGGAUUGGGUGAAAGAAAUUGAAUUGGUCAAAGAGCAGAUCAUAACCGAUGAUCCCAAGCAGAUCUACAAUCUUGCGGGCGAGAUUGCCAAGAUAAUUUCAUUCAGAAUAUCCAGUUUUCAGUAUUUACAAUUUUGCAAAACCUUACUGGUUGGUCUCAAGGACCCCGAACACAGCUCUGCGAUUGGCGCCUCAGUGGUUUUGAAAUUUUUCAUUCAACAAAAGGGCUCCGAGUUAUUCCAUGCUGUACCAGAUCUAGUCAAAGAAUGUUUGGGGGCCAUACAUUCCUGCGAUGUCAAUCGUGCCAAGUCUGGGGUACUUAAAGCCUUAGUAGCUCUUACAAAACAUCAUCCAAAAUUGGUGGUUGGUGAAAUGCUCUCUCAACAGCUUCCCUAUGAAGAAAAUAUCGUCGAAUAUUGGCAUUUGAUAUGCACAGAUAAUGACUUGACGGGAGUUUUAUUGGAUCAUUUCUUGCAAAUCCUUUCAUCGGCAUGUAUAUUUGAACAAAAUGAGGCGUGUGUGGAUAGACAAAAGAUUGCAAGUGUACAACCGUUUGCCAUCUUCUGUGCCCUAAAUGAGAUGUUGGCUUCCAAAGAUAUUAAAACGAUAUUGAAGAUAAAAUUCCCCGAACUUUUCACCAUGCUUUUGACCUCGCUGGCCUCGUACACAAACCUGGCGGCUCCCAUGCAAACUGGCAUAGCACGCAGCAAUUCACCUAUUAUGAACUCAUCGUCGUCUUCCAUCAUCACAUUGUCAAGCAGUUCCAAAAAUAAAUUUGGUUUUGUACCCAACAAGGAGUCCAUUAAACUAAAUCCAUGUCAAAUUGUUUUGGACACUUUCCAAAAACUCCUUAACAAUUUGGAAAUGGAACAAAUUGCCACUGUGCUUACAGUACACACUCAUUUAGCAUCUAGCAGCGAUCUCAAAAACUACAUAGAAUUACUGACGCCCAUGGCCAUUGGUCUAUCGAAUCAAAUCGACAUUAAUUCCAAUAGCAUGAAAAAAGUCAUAUCCACGUUGUGUAAAUAUGUGGCCUCUCCCUACGAUGCUCAAAGAGUUGCAGCUGUGGGCCUAUUCUCACGUAUGGUUCCUCUCCGGCCAUGCGGCGAAAUCUCGACGACCAUAAUGAAUCAUUUGACAUCGGCAUUGAGUGAUCCGAAUGCUGUGGUAAGGGGCCUUAGUAUACAAGGCAUGGGUCAUGUGGGUCUACUGACCGAGGAUGAUAUUGAGACAUACCAUGAGACUGCUAUAACUGCUCUGUUGAAGGGUGUUGAUGAUACGGUUAGUGAUUGUCUAAUCAACAUUCCCUUGGAAAGCAUGCGUGGAUUAUCACGAAUAUUGCAAAACUUGGCCAGUGAUCGUGUUGAAACCUUCCAUGUCUCACUGGCCAUACGAAUACGUCCAUUCUUUGGCAGUUAUUCCUUGGAGAUACGUGAGGCUGCCAUCAUUUUGUUUGGUGAUCUAUGUGAAUCGAAGAUAUCCAUGAAAGAUGGUACUGCUACACCCAAUGAAGCUUCGAAUGAAGCCUUGCGGGAACAAUUGAUAGCAAAUCUCUUUCCCUUGCUAUUACAUCUCAGCGAGGGCGAGGCCACCAUUAUACGGGCAUGCAAGGGUACUUUACGCAAAGUGUGCAGUUUAUUGAACUCCAUCAAAAUCAAUGAUAUGGCUCAGCGCCAUCUGCUGGACCAUGGCCAGCUGAAUUAUAAUAAUUUCAUUAUAGAUUUUGUUAAAGUGAUUUCUAUGGAACUGACCGAUCACAUACAGGAUUUCAUAGAUUCCUGCAUACCCAAAUUGCGAAGCCAGUGGCCAGAGGUUAGAGGUAGUGCUGCAAUGGUUAUUGGUAUAUUACACAACUUCCUUUCCGAACGCAAUACACAAACCGAAGCAGUUGGUAAUAAACUUGCAGCUCUUCUCAAGGAUGAAAAUCAUUUUGUGCGUGUGAAGGCUGCUACCGCCUUGGGAUAUUUCUUUGGAGACAUUUAAACAAAA